AUGGGGGGUCACGGAAUAAUGAUAGGUGUGUUGAUGUUGCUUUCAUGGGCCAUCUCAACAGCUGCUGCAGUGGACUGCACCACUGUGACAGGGCUACUCUCAACCUGCUCCGCCUUCAUUACCUAUGGAUCACCCGAUCCCUACCCGGGUUCACCAUGUUGUGAUGCUGUGAUGAACCUGAACUUGAUCGCUGACUCCACCGAUAAUAGGAAAUCCGUUUGUGGGUGCUUGAUGGGGCUCAUUACCACUUACAAUCCUAAUUCCACCGCUAUUGCUACUUUGCCAGGCUUUUGUGGAGUCGCACUGGGCUUCACCAUUGAUCCUAACACGGAUUGCAACUUACUUGUGAUAAGGGUCAAUGAUCGUGCUGUUUUUGAUAAAUGCUCAUUCCAUGAAUGGGAAUUACAGGGGAUGCAAGGUGGCUCUAAUGAAGAGACGUAUGGAGGAUCAAAUAAGAAGCUGCCUUCAGCUACAGAUAGAAGGACAAAAAUACUUCACAAGCAAUAA